AUGGCACAAACUCAAGACAAGACCAGCGCCGUCCUUCACCGAGAUACGCGCUUCAUCCCCAAGAAGGCUGUUGGUGGUAAGGGCAGCUACAUUUUCUUGGAAGAUGGGACCAAGUUCCUUGAUUCAACAUGUGGUGCAGCUGUCUCAUGUCUGGGACACGGCCAUGAAGGAGUCACCCAAGCCAUCAAGGAUCAAAUGGACCAAUUGUCCUACUGUCACUCUGCCUUCUUUGGCACUGAGGUAGCUGAAGAACUUGCCCAAUUGUUAGUUGACUCCACUGGCGGAAAGCUAUCCAAGCUCUUUGUAGUCAGCUCAGGCUCUGAGGCUAUCGAGGCUGCACUCAAGCUGGCACGUCAAUAUUUCUUGGAACUCCCUGCGCCUCAGCCGGAGCGUACGAGGUUCAUCGCACGUCUUCCUUCUUACCAUGGCACUACCCUGGGUGCCCUUUCUGCUGGCGGACACGUGCAGCGUCGGCAACCAUUCGAGCCUCUCCUAUCCAAGAACACAUCCCACAUUUCUCCUUGCUAUGCAUAUCGCAACAAGUCUGACGGGGAAUCUGACGAAGACUAUGUUGCCCGUCUCGCCGCCGAACUAGAUGCUGAGUUCCGUCGUGUUGGUCCCGAGACUGUGUGUGCAUUUAUUGCUGAGCCGGUCGUUGGCGCGGCUCUUGGUUGUGUGCCAGCAGUACCAGGAUACUUCCCAGCAAUGAAAGCCGUCUGUAAAAAGUACGGCGCACUCCUCAUCUUCGACGAGAUCAUGUGUGGAAUGGGCCGUUGCGGAACACUGCAUGCCUGGGAGCAGGAGGAUGUCGUCCCUGAUAUUCAGGCUAUUGGAAAAGGUCUGGGUGGUGGGUACACCCCGGUCUCAGGCAUCCUCGUAGAUGACUCUAUUGUCCAGACUAUGGACAAGGGCACUGGAGUGUUCCGCCAUGGACAGACAUACCAAGGCCACCCGAUCUCAUGUGCUGCUGCACUAGCCGUGCAGAAGACUAUCAAGCAGGAGAAGCUUCUGGAUAAUGUCCGGGAAAUGGGAGCUUAUCUUGAAAAGCAGCUGAGGCAGCGAUUUGAGAGUCACCCUUAUGUGGGAGAUAUUCGAGGAAAGGGCCUAUUCUGGGGUCUCGAGUUCGUCAAAGACAAGGCCACGAAAGAGCCUUUUGAUCCCAACGACCGCUUGUCAUUCCUUAUCCAGGAGAAGGGUCUGCAGCCGGAGCAUAGCGUCUCGCUGUAUUGCAGCUCUGGCACUGUGGAUGGAAUCAAAGGAGACCAUCUGAUACUUGCACCGGCUUAUAUUGUGUCCAAGGGGGAAAUUGACAUUAUUGUGGACGCCCUGGAGAAGGUUCUAGAGGAAGUUUUUGCAGCGCUACAGAAAUAG